CUCAAUUGGCGCCGCAAGGCAGGAGUUUAUUGAACCCAUCAUGGGGGAUACUAAGCUCUUUGUUUUGCUACUCGUCUACGCCAUCGUCAUUAUCGAUGCUCAAGAUGAUGAAGCAGUGUGCCUUUUGGCUAAAAGGUACAAAAGCUUUCACAAGUAUGAGUACCACUAUGAAGCUGAGUCUCUGAACACACUGAAUGGAGCUAUCAAUGGACCUAAAGUCAGCUGCAAGGUCGAGAUUGAGGUUCCUGGCCCAUGCCACUUCAUUGUGCACACCAAGGAGUGUGCACUGAGUGAAGUCAUCAGUGUUGAUGCAGAUGGAAACCCAGUCUUUGGAUCCACUGCUGGUGCUGAGACCUUCAAGGCUCAAAUGGAGAAGCACCCAUUAAAGGUCAUCGUAGAAGAUGAUAUCAAACUCUACCCUGAGGAUGAUGAGCUAAUUAACAUACUGAACAUCAAGAGAGGUGUCAUCUCUGCCCUGGCUGUGCCUGCACUCCAAGAUGAGAAGAAUAAAAACAUGCCCACAAUCUAUGGUAUGUGUGAGACUGAUUACAAUGUGAACACCAGAGAAGAUAUUGCCACUGAUGUGACGCUUAACAGGGACUUAUCCAGAUGCGACCAGUUCAGACCAAUCAAGGACUACACCAGCCCUCUGGCUAUCAUUACAGACAUGCACUCCCCACUCGCUCAGUUAAUCAGAAGCAAACAGACUUGCAGAUACAAAUUUGACAAUGUGCAGAAACACAUGACCUCUGGAGUUUGCACUGAGGACCACCUCCUUUUGCCUUUUUCUCAUAAGGGGAAGUAUGGAGUCACCAGUGUUAGCAAGCAGACACUAGCUCUCCAUAGCGUGACUAAAUACAACGAAAGAGUGUUCGAUCACAAAGUGGCUAACAUGCAGGCGCUGUACCUUGAUGAGAGUGUUGACAUGAGCCCGAAUCAAGACAAAAAUGCCAUUCUUGCUGUUCUGAGAGAGUUGGCUGACCUUUUGCACACCACCAGUGGACACAAGAGAGCUCACCUGGCUUACAAGCUUGUAGCUGUGAUGCGCAAGAUGAAUGCUGAAACACUGGCUGGCGCUUUGCCAGAGGCAUUGGAAAUCUCUCCUUCUCUGACCUACCAGGCUCUGUUCCAGUGUGGGACCCCGGAGUGCAGCACUGCCUUCAUGCAAAUCCUCCAGACCUUCAAAAGUUCGGUCACUAAAAUUGAUGCUGUGGUCUAUGCCCUGGGAAUGAUCCCCCACCCCUCUCCAGUGCUUGUCAAGGAAAUGCUAGAGAUGGCCAAGUUAAAGCCAAGCAAACUUAUUUACUAUGCUAUCAGCAAUGCUGUUAGAAGGCUGUAUAAGGCAGAAAGAAAAGUCACACCUGAAAUCGAGGAAAUGGCAGAUUACAUUCUUGAAAAUAUUGGAGACUGCACAGGUGACCAGGAACACAUCUAUUUGACUCUAAGGGUAACUGGAAACAUGGCUGAAGCUGUUGGUGCUGCAAGUCCUGCCCUGAAGUCAGCUGUGAUUCAGUGCAUUAACCAACCUGCUGCCUCCACCGAGGUUCAGCAAGCAGCCAUCCAGGUCUUCAGGCUUACCCCCCUUCCUGAAGAGGGCAGAACAGUGCUAAUGCAGGUUCUCCUGGACAGAGCAGCUCCGGUGCAGAAACGUAUUGCUGCUUACCUCAUCCUAAUGAAGGAUCCUCAGUCUGCUGAACUUGAACAGUUGGCGGCAGCUCUACCAAGUGACGAAAACCUGCAGGUCAAGAGCUUUGUGAUAUCUCACCUUACCAACAUUCUGAGCUCUACAUCAAAAGAGACCGAAGAAGUAAGCCAGAAAAUUCUUGACGCACUUCAAAGCAAUGAGGUUAAAACUUUCAUGGAUGCCUCUACAAUUUCUCGUAACUACAAGAUUGGAUCUCUGGAGGGAAACAUGAUCUUUGACAAAGAAAACAAACUGCCUACGGAAGUAAUGCUUGAAAUGACACUAAAUGCGUUUGGAUAUGACAUUGACAUGGUUGAGGUUGGUAUGGAGGGUAAGGGACUUGACCCGACUGUUGAGGCUUUAUUUGGUCCUAAUGGAUUCUUUCCUGAUACUGUGAUGAAGACUAUUUUCUAUGCUUCUGAUAAGAUGCCUUCCCAAAUUAAGGAGAUCCUCAAAACCAUAAUUCCAGCCUUGAAUGACAAUAAAAAGAAACAGGGACCAAAAAAUAUCAUAAGAGAAAUUGGAAAAAAUGUUGACAAGCUAAUCAAGAAGCUGAAAACCCAAGAUGCACCUGAAGCCAUGAUCUACCUAAGGUUGCUAGGUGCUGAGCUUGGUUAUAUUAAAACCAAAGAUUUGGAAGAAAUGGCCAACUCUGUGACAAGUGUGGCUCAAAACAUUUUGAGGAUGUUCCAUGUUGAUUUUAAGAACCUGUUCUCCAGUGCUGACAAUGAGCUCUUCCUUCAUUACAUCUUCAUGGACAAUGAGUUUUACCUGCCUACUGGUCCUGGUCUUCCACUAAGGGUGGCUUUGUCUGGUAUCUUCACACCUGGUGUUAAAGGAGGACUCAGAAUUAGUCCAGAUAUGAGUGAGAUUGCCUUUAUGCCAUCUGCUGGUAUUGAAUUUGUGACUGAAAUCGGUGCUCACCUUCCGGACUAUGUUCACUCUGGCUUGGAGAUGCAUACCAACAUCUAUCAUGAGAGUGGCAUGAGAGCUAAAAUUGCCAUGACCCGCAAUCAGAUCAAGCUGAGCAUCCCUACUCCUGAAAGCCCAGUUAAGCUUCUCAGUGUGAGCAACUCCAUGGUGUCUGUUGCUGGUAAUAAAACACAACCCAUUCCUGCUAUAACAGACCAUAUUGAUGUGAGUGAAUGCACACCUCUCUUCUCUGGGGUGAAAUUGUGCAACGCUCGUCAGUACUCAGAUGCCACGCUAAAUGAUGCCUCACCAUACUUCCCACUUUCUGGUGACAGCAAAUUUGCUAUUGAGCUGCACCCAACAGCUGAUGUCUCUGAGUAUACCGCCACUCUUAACUACGCACACGAGGAAGACACUGACAAAGUCACAUUUGAUGUAAAAGCUGAAGGAACAACCUUUGAGGCUACAUCCAAAGUCAUGUUCAAUAGAAGGGAGAAUACUCUUUCUGCUGAAUUCCAAAUCCCUGACUAUGAUAUUGAAGCUGGUAUUCGAAUUGGGGCGGCUGACCCAAGCAAUAAGGGAAAAGGCACACAUUCCAUCCAGAUUGACUUUAUCAACAAGAAUAUCCCUCAGGCAUCUCUGGUUGGCCUGGCAAAGAUUGAGGCAAUUAACAACGUUCUGGUGCAGGUUCAGUUGCUUGUUCCAUCUCUUGAGGCUGAUGCAAAAGUGACAGCUAGUCUGAAGCGUGUAGAGGAAAUGACAUUGGAACUUGAAAGUGACAUCAAGUUCCUUGACACAUCAUCUGUGCAGAAACUGGUGCUAAAAUAUGAUGAUGAGAAAGUUGAAGCUCAGGUUAAGUCAAAUGUCAGCGCUAAAACCCAGAAUAUCGUUUCCAAACUUGAUGCCAUCAAGACAGAUAUCAGAGAACUGUUGAAUCAGCAUAUUGGACAGACUAAAACAAAGGUCUGUGAUGUAUUGGCCUCAUCAAUUGCGACCACAAAUUUAUAUCUUGAAGCUUCCAAGAUCCCAUAUCUGGAAAACCUAAGGGUUCCUUCUCUCCCUGAGUUUGAGGUGCCUGAGACACUGUUUUUAAACACUGAGGCAGAUGCAAAGUACCACUUUGGAAAGCAUUACCACACCAUCAGCAUCCCGGUACCUCUUGGUGGCAAGUCAACGAAGGAUCUGAACUUUCCUCCUUCUCUCACCACACCAAACCUGGAUUUGCCUCAGCUUGGUCUAAAUAUUGCUUCUAUAAAAGUUCCAUUGCCUGAAUUGUUUAUUCCUAAGACUCUAACUUUGUCUCUGCCCACCAUUGGAAAGGCAGAAGUGGCCGGUAAGCUAAGCAGCAACCUCUAUAACUUGGAGGCAAACGUGUCUGCUGGCAAAGAUUCUGAUGAACAUCCAAAAUAUUCUGCUAGAGUUAUUGUAACUGGAUCUGGCCCUGUAGAUGUCCUCUCCUUUAAAAUUGAAGGAUCGACCUUGGUUAGUGGAACAAUGACUGAUACCAUAAGGGCAGAGAUGAGCACUGCUGUCAAUCACAAGCUCAUUCAUGCUAGUAUCAACAUUGCUGAAGAAGUUCAACUAAUGGAGGAAAUUAGUAUAAAAUCAACCAGCAAGCUUGAAGCCACAAGUCCGUUCAAUCUAAAGCUUUCUCUGGAACAUUCAGGCCAAGUUGGAGUCAAACCAGUAGGGCUAUUUGGAAAUAACAACCUACAAGGAUCCUUUGUGGCUGGUCCUAUUGAUGGUGAUGUCAUCCUCAAACAGUCCCUCGCUGUCAUUCCAUUUAAGCCAGAGGCGAAAAUUGAUUCAACGUUAGAAAUUAAUUCACGUCUUUUAAAGGCUCAAAACAAACUUGCAGCAAGCUUUGUUGAUGGAGAGCUAUCAGUUGUAUCAAACUCAGCUGUAUUUGAGGAUAUGCUGACACACAGAGCUGAAGUUACUCUGACAAAAUCGAAGUAUGCUUUUAAAUCAGACACUAAGUCAUUGGAUCUGGGGCUAAACAUCCUCAACACUGCAGAAGCAAACUUUGGUGGUGAAGACAUCAGCAUUAAACUUGAAACAACAAGCAGUCAAUCUGAAAACCAUAUUAACUCCCUGUUCAUUGCAACUCUUAAUAUUAAUAGUCUGGUUGUAAACAGUAAUGCUUCUUUGAAGAUAGCUGAACACACAGCUACUCACAAAGCCAGUCUGACCCUGGAUAAAAAUGGCCUGGUUACCAGUGGCACCACGUCAGUGAAUAGCCUGCUUACUCUUAUGAAUACCUUCAGUGGUAACCUUCAUACUUCAAAAUUUUCACUAUCCACCAAAACAAAAGGAGAAUGUAAUGGCAUGGCUAUUGACAACACCAAUGAAAUAUCUGCCACAAUGCUUUCUCUAGAUUUAACUUCAAAAUCUCGGGUCGACCUUGCCCAGAACAUAUGGUACAUAUAUGACAUCUCGGUUCAGGCAGAACCUUACACUGCAACUGCUGGCAUGACAAGUCAUUUAAAGCUUGCCUUUGAUACAGAGCUAAAAAACACCUGUGAAAUCAAACUUGCAGAUCUGACUGGAAAUGCUAAGUGUAGUACAUCUGGAAAGCUCAUUGGAGCUCAUUUAAGCGACAACACUGAAAUAGAGAUUGUAGGACUUGGUGUAAGGAUCAACAAUGAUGCACGCUUUAAUUCCAAACUUGUUCGCUUCUCCACUUCAAUUCAAGCCACUGCUGCUCCAUUUACCAUUAAUUUGCAUGCCCUUGCCAAUGGGGAUGGGGAGGUCUAUUUUUAUGGAAAACAUAGUUCACAGGUGUACACCAAAGUUCUUCUAAAGGCCGAGCCACUUGCUCUUGCCCAUUCUCAUGAAUGUAGGUUCUCAACUACACAUGAGUUGGACAACAAUGUAAUUUUUGAGGCCAACGUUGAUAAGAAGGUUGACACUCAACUGUCACUGUCUGAGCAGUCAGCAUCAGUAACACUAAAGUCUAAAAUAAACAACCAUGUGUUCAACCAAGAACUUAGAGCUUAUAACAACCAUGAGAGGAUUGGAAUGGAAGUGUCUGGAGCAGUCAAUUACAAAGAAAGCCAAGAGUUCUCUAUCUCAGCUUUGCUGCAGUAUGACAGGAACACAGAGAGUCAUGUUAUCAACUUGCCGCUUUUGGAAAGUCUACCUGCAGUCAUCGAGAACAUCAAAAUCACAUCUGUGACUCUUAUUGAGGCAUUGCAGGAUUUUAUAAAAAGAGAUGAAUUUAUUGCCAAGAUUCAGACCCUUCUACAGCACUUUGCUGAUUCUGUAACUGAGUUUCAUUUUGAAGAGAAAUUUGACAAGCUUAAAAAUAGCCUGAUUGCAUAUGCUCAGAAGCUUUCAGUUACCCCCGAGGAACUGGAGGCUGUUGUGCGUAAACUAAGGACUAUCGCACAGAGGGCUGUAGCUGAGUUAAGUACUCGUGUCAGUGACAUACAGGAAUUGAUUGUAAGUGGUGACCUGUCUGACACAAUUUUGCAGAAGGUAACUUCACUCAGUGAAGAAUAUGACAUGAGGAGCAUGCUCCUUGCUGUCAUUGAAGCCAUUGAAAAUGUGAUUGAACAGAUUGAUAUGACUAAACUGGAACACAGCGGCAUUCCUGCAUACUAUGAUGUUGAAAAACUAAAUGCCAUUAAAUUGCAUCUGCAGCAGUAUGUGACAGACCUAAAGAAUAUGGUCACAAAUUUUGAUAAGGCUCAGUUUGUGGACCAAAUGCAAAACAUCAUUGAAACUACUGAGAUGUACACACAACAUCUGCUCACCAAAUUUCCCCGGGAAGAAAUCAGCAAGAUUGCUAAUGCACUAAAGGAGCUAAUCUCCGAACUAGACAUUGUUGGCGAGUAUAAAGUUAUCUACAGCACCCUCAGAGAAUUUGUGAUAAAAUAUGAGCUUGACAAGAGAGCUGGGGAAUUUUUGGAUAAGCUUCUGGAUCUCGUCAAACAGUUCAAAAUUGAUGAAACAAUCCAAAUCCUUGGUAGCACCCUGAAAUCAAUUCAGAUUCCCCUCCCACACAUGCUUGAUAAUACCCUUACCUACCUGAAGACAACUGACAUAAAGCAGAUGAUUGAUGAUUUGAAUCAGUUACUUGAGAGUUUUGUUAAAUCACUUAAGUCAUUUGAAUACAAUACAUUUGUAGAUGAGGCUAAUCAAAAGAUUAAUGAGUAUACAGCAAAAUUUAACAAACUUAUUCUAUCACUUGAGCUUCCCCAGAAAUUUGAGGCAACCCGAGAUUUCAUUAAUAAUGCCCUGUCAUCCGUGUCUAAUUUCAUGAAAGAGCUAGGAUCAGACAAAAUUUCAGAUGUCAUAAAAACAUUGAAAGAUCUCAUUGACACUGUUGUCCUUAAUGACCUUAAGAAAACUGUUGAGAAGUUCAAGCAGGACAUUAUUCAAAUGGAUAUUAGAAAAGAACUGACACUAGCUUUGCAGCAAGUGAGUGAUAUCUAUAGCAAGGUUUUGGCUAUACUCACUAAUGCACUUAAUGACUAUUUGGAGGUGGCCAGAAAACUCUUUGAUCAAUCAAUUGUCGCUGAACUGAAGCUAAUCAGUGACAAUGUUUUGAAAGCCCUCAAGACAUCUGAACUUGAGAUACCGUCUUUCACUGUCCCAUUUACUGACUUGGUUCUUCCUUCCCUGAAAUUCAGUUUGCAGCAACUUCUGGAGACUGAGAUCCCUGUACAGUUUAACAUUCCAAGGUUUACCAUUCUGGGAUCUUACACUGUGCCAGAAAUGACCAUCACUUUUGAUGAUAUCAAGGAAUUUCUCGUAGACCUUGCUGAGUUCAUUGUCAACUAUAAUAUUGAGAAAUUUCACAGUUGUACUGCCAUUGAAAAACUCACAAUGUACCUGCCUGACCUGUCUGCUGUCAACCUUCCAGCGAUUACUUUACCUCAGAUUUCCUUGCCUGCCAUUCCUAAAUUAAAUGAUAAGCAUUUCCUUAACAUCCCUCUUCAGAUUCCUGAGAUCAAGCUGCCAAAAAUCCCCAAUACAUUGAUUUUGCCUGCAUUUGGAAAGUUCCGUGGCAAGAUCAGUGUUAAUUGCCCCAUUUACACAGUUAGCACUGAUUUUGAAGUGCGAAAUUCCACUGACAGUGAGCAAAAGCAUCACUUUAUAGCACUUAUUAGUUCUGUGGGGCAAUCUUCCAGCUUUGAAAUUUUAAACUAUAAUCUAGAUGGCACUUUGCGCAUUGGUCUACCAAAAAUGAGCCGUGUGGUUAUAGCUGAUACUCUGAAGUUUAUACAUAGUGCCCUUAAUGUUGAACAUCAGGCCUCAGUAACAUUAUAUGGUCGCUCUGCCCAGGGCAAUGCCGUAACAACUCUGAGGGUGACUACCGCAGCCUACACAGCAGACAUCGCAAACAAAGCAUUCUUUGCAGUGGAAGGUGGAAUGACAGCAUCUUCUGAUACAACCUACAAGCAUCGAGUGAUGAUUCCCAUCCUAUACUUGACAAGUGAGGCUGCUAUGACACAGUCAGCAGUUAUUUUGCAGAAGGAUGGCACCAUUAAACUAACAGUUGAAAAUUCAGGCACAGGCACAUUUGUUGUUUCUGGAUAUGUUCUUGAUGAAUUCACCCACAAGAGUAAACUGGUCUGCUCUCUUGCACCAGAACAUGUUAGAUUUACCUUUACUGGAGACACAGAGGGUGCCACCCUAAAAAUUAAAAAGGCAAUAAAUGUUGAGGCAGUUGCAUUUAGCCAUUUUAACUUCAGUGGUAGAAUUGAGACUCAAUCUCCAUUCAUUAAAAAUAGUAGGAUCUUGGCAUCUGGAAUAGCUCAGCUUGGAAGCAUGAAGGUUGAAGUGGAAGCAACACAUGAGACAGAACUUAUGGGAGCAGUAAGUGGUACUCUAUUCAAUGAAGUUCGCAUCAAGGUCUGUCCUACUGAAAUCAUCGUUGAUAUCCAGAACAAGGGCAAUACCAAAGUGAUUCUCGAAGAGUACUUUUCCACCAAAAUUGAUCUUCAGAAUGAUUAUGCUUUGAUUAUUAACUCCAAGAAGCAGCAUGUUAAGACUGCAGCACUUCUGCGAAUAAGCCAGAACAAAUUCAGCUAUAACUUCACAAUUGAAAACAAUAAUGCUGAGACUGGAAUUUAUUCUGCGGUAAAUGGUGAGACUGACCUGAAGUUUCUCAAUGUUCCUAUUAGCGUUCCAGAAAUUUUUAUCCCAGUCAUUGAUUUAACAAUCCCAGCCAUCAACGAGUUCAACUUAUAUGAGACUUGCUGCCUUAAGUAUCUGCAAACCAUUAAACCAGCUGUUGAUGUAAAUGCCAAAAUUGUCUACCAAAAGAACAGGUUGGCAAAAAUCUUUGAUCUUGGUUUCAUUAGUGUUCCUGCUGCAGGAAACUUAAUCUCUGAGAUGUCUUUUAAGUCUUCUAUUUUCACCCUAAAUACCAAUGCUGGAAUAUAUGGAGAAAAAGAUCUUGUUAUCCGCAUUGCUGCUACAUCUACCUCUCUGUUUGAAGAACUGAAGGCUAAACUUGAGGGUACAAGCAGCCUCACCUUAAAGAGAGGACUGAAACUUGCUAAUGCAUUGUCUCUGAAGAAUGCUUACAUUGAAGGAACCCAUAACAGCACUUUCACAGUGAAUACAGAAAAUUUGGAUGCCACAGUAGCAGUGACCACGGCUGCUUACGUGGAUCUGCCAAUCCUUACCACUGAAGUUAACCAUAAGUUGCUUGUAGAUACCAAAGUUCAUCCAAGUGCGAUAUCCACACUAACGAUCAAACAUAAAUUUGACCUUCCAAUUAUCAGGACUGCUGGUAGUGGCGCUGCUGAACACACUUUGAAAAUAGACGUUCCCUUAAUUUCUAUCGAGUCCACCACAAAAGGGAUGAUUGAUGGGACAUUUCUGGAAACUGGCAUUGUGAAGGGCAGUUUGGAUAAUGAGGCAAACAUAUACAUGACUGGUGAAGGACUGCGUUCCAAAGUGAAAACUAUUGGGAAUGUAAAUGUUAAUCAUGGCACUUUUAAAGUAGAGUUUGAUGUCAAUGAAGACUUUGACAUGGAGUCAGCACCUAGCCGUGUAUACACUGUCUUGAAUAUAAUUUCCAACAAUGAAGUGAAUAUUGCCACCUUCAAUACAAAGGGUAAACAUGCCACCAAAGCCACUGUUAACUUGGCUCCACUGAGCUCCCUUUCUGCCGAUGUAGAUGUUGACCUGUCUCAGCCAACCUCUUUUGGUGAUUUCACCUUCCAAGAGAAGACCGUUGUUGAUGUGACUCUCUCCAAGCAGAAGAUUUCCUAUAGCACAAAAAUGGUUUCUCCAGUAUAUACAACAAAUACUGUGGUUGAGAUGGAAGGUGACGCCCCAGUUUUCAAAAUUGUUUUCAAGUCUUCAUCCAAAUCUCCAGUUGAACUCCUGAAAUAUGAUAUUGAUAGCUAUGUCAGGACUGAAGUGGAAAAUGAAAUCCUGAAUGCAAGAGCUAAGGCUUUCCUUGAACAUGAUGCUUUCACGAUAGACUUUAACAGUGUUUUUAAUCCAAGUGUUCCCAGCCAUAUCCUCAAUGUUGACAUCACAAGUCCAACUCAUACUGAUGUAAACCUUCGCUACGCUGCUCAGAUAGAGGGCAUGAAUGUCUCAAUUUCCUCACCAUCAGCUGGCUUCCUUGGUUUUCAGCUUCAGGGCAAGAGUCCAUCUCAGUUGAUGUCACGAUUCUAUGGCCAUUAUGCAUCUGCACCUGACAAUGAAAUUGACAUCCUGAGUGUAAAUGUUAUUGCAAAUGGAGAUCGAAAAAUACAUUUCCAGGCUGACUGCAACCUGGAAGCACCCACAGAGAUGAUGCUGGAAGUGUACCAGAGAUUGACUCUCAUAGCCUCUACUGUUACCAAUUUUGCAGAACAGUCUGGUAUUCUUGAAGCCAUGCAUGGAUUAAAGACAGCUCUUGUCACUGCCCUAAAUGAAGCCUACACUAUUUCAAACAAUCACACCCCCGAUGUUAGUCGGCUUUCUGUUUUAUUCAGAAAUGUUGUUGGUCAGCACCAGAAAGCUAUUCAGCAAAUACUUAAUGCCGCUGUCACCUUCCUGAGGGAGACCCAAAUUAAGCUGCCUGGUAUGAAGGAAGCUACAGUGCCUGAGAUCUGCAAGCAAAUCAGAAGCAGCAUUGCUGAAGCGUUUAAAGACAUGAUUCAAACUGUUAAAACCUUGAUUGGAGACAAGAACUUUGGUUAUUUGGAAAAUGCCCUGAUCCACAGUGUGAAUAUGAUCAAGCAGCUGGAGAGCCUUGAUGUGAUUCUCGAGAAACUGGGUGAAGUCCUCCAAACGUGUGUUGAGAAAACACAGAAAUUUAUUGACACGAUCCAAUCUGAUGUCCUCGAUGAUGUUGCUGCAGUAAUCAACGCAUUAUACACUAAUACCAUUAGAAUUGUUGUCAAAAACUUGAUUGUAGAUGUUAAUAGAUUGCUAACCAUCACUAACUUGAAAGACUUAGUUAACAUUUACAUGGAAUUGAUGUUAAUUAUGGUCAAGGAGUUUCAAAAUACGCUCUAUGCAUUUUUUCCAGCAUACCCAGAAGCCCUAGUUAAUGUUCACAAUGGAAGGCUAAAAAUGGACAUUUCUUUACCUUUCUAUAAAUAGUGACAAAAAAAAUACAACUCACCAAGCACAUGAAACACUACCAACUGCUGUUGAGACUAGACAAAUAAAUAUAAUUUUAACAUGCAUUAAAAGCAGUCAGUUCUAUCUUGCAUACAUUAUUAAUACCCCAGCGCAUUAUUCUUUUUGUGCAAUUAUAUAAAAAUGAGCCAAAAGCAAUAAAACUAUGCAUCAUUUAAUCUUUAUUAUAUAUUUUUUAUUACAGCUUAUUUUUUAUUUCUUACAGUUACCACACUAUGCACAUGAUUAAAAUGGGUAAAAUGCUCAUUA